AGUCUCUGCCUGAUCACUACGCCUACACUUGAAAAGUAGUCCCUCCGCACCCAUCAAAGAUUUCUAAUUUCUCUUUCUAAGACAACAAAAAAAGUUGACUAAGAACGUAUAUCGUUGCGUUAGUGAUUAUCUAGCACCGGAUGCUGGGGUAUUAAUUGAGUAAAUUGAGUUUUGAUCAGUCAGCUGCAGUUUCAGCUCAUUUAUUCGUGCAGCGUCUCUACCCUAGGUAGGACGACGAAAGCUCAGCAGUACUUUCCGACUUGAUGUAAUUUGUGUAAUCUGUUAUACAAGACCUGUUAUUCUUCGCGGGGUCGAGUGAUACUCAAGCCAAGCUGGAUGCCUUUCAAAUGAACGCGAUGGAGCUGCAAAGCCUUCAGAGUCAACUUAAAAGUGCCAUCCAGAACCAUCAGAUCGUGCUGUCAAAAAUGCGCAUUGAUCCUCAGAAUACGGCUCUUCAGAGACAGCUCCACGAUUUGCAAGCCGAAAUCAUGACUCUAAGCGACAAGCAAAAACAGGUGGUACAACAACUGAGGUCAGAGCUUGAGCGGAAACAAAGUUCAGCAGUUCUGAAGCUUUCUCACAAUGCGCAACUCCUGCCUAGGGGCAUGCUGGGCGGUGCAGGCGUUCCUGUGAAGCUGCAGGCAGCCCUGAAGGGGGGACCAGGAGGUGUGCUGCUGCCGCAGGUGGUGGUAGUUCCAAGCUGCAGUGGACCCCCUCACGGCCCUCCCACUCUGAUGGCCCCAUCAAUACGUGUGCCCCAGUACCCGCCCUGUGGCCAGCGCUUGACUCCACAGCAGCCAUUGGUGCAGACCCAGCAUCAGCAGCCCCAGCAGCAGCAUCAGCAAUCUCAGCAUCAGCACACCUUGGUCUCCACUGCACCACCUGUGCCACGGGUCCCCAAGUCCUGCGUCGCCGUGCUUGUACAGGCAAGCAGCAUCAACAGCACAGCUGCGGGACUGGUGGUGCCAAACCUUGGAACCAACAUUCACAGUAACACCAACAGGACCACUGUCACCACAACGAUGACCACAACCACCACCAAUGGCAUCUGUGCAACGGGCGGUGCAACCACGAUGGUGACGGUGACAGCUGCGAUGCCUGCACCCGUGCCCACUGCGGCUGUGGCUCCUCCUCGCAGAACUGUGCCUGUGGCUCCCCCUCCUCCGAGUGCCCCUCCACCAACUAAGGAGGACCACCAGAAGCUGGAACUGCUUAGUGCCUUGGGCCUGAUGACCCGGGAGGCUCUGCGCGAGCUCCAGCAUCGUCGGGGAGAGCGCAAGCGGCGCACCACUGCCAACCCUCACUUUUCCAGUGCUGCCCUGGAGGAGAAACGGCGCAAUGCACUGCUUCUGAUUGGCGAAAACAUGGCCUCGGGCAGAAAGUGUCAAAAGGUGCGAUCACGCCUUGGUUCGUCCACACCAAGUUCACCGGAAGCAUCGUCGAACGAGACCAUACCUAAUGGCCAUCCAUCACCACCACCCUGCUGCGACGUCACCACAAAGAGAGAAGAAGCACCAGUGCUUGUAAAUGGAGAUGUGUUGCAAAGCUGGACAAAGAGCACUCCUGAAGAGGUCACAAACAAUUCCUUGGGCUGGGUCAGUGACUACGCCCUACUCAAAAGUGCCAAAGCAGAAGAAAAGCAGAAGCUGCUGAAAAGAAGCCUGGAAUUAAAAGCCGAGCGCAUGCAGCUAGAAGCGAAGAAGCAGCAGCUGUCGGAGAUCAUUGCUAACCAGCAGAAGCGGCGCCUGGAACUGCAGCUUGCCCUGCAGACUGUUCAGAACUCAUUGGAAAAGUUUGAGCGUGUUGUAAAACUCUUUAAAGACACCUCUUGAUUAGACAAGUGGUAGAGAGAGCGUGCGAGCGCUGCAUCCCUGUGAAGGUUUUUCCACAUUUGCUGCCAUUUGGAAGAAGAAAAAGCCUCCCCUUGGAAGUCUCGCAACGUUGGUGUCCCAGCCCCAAAGCCGCCCCACUCAGGACCGUCUGCUGCACCACCUAUCGAGUACUCUCCUACACUGCAGGUGCCAGGCGCCACUGUGCAUGGACAGUCAUAGACCUCACCGUUUGUGGUCUUGGAUUCUUCACUGCUGAGCAGAUGGAGGCAGCACUGCAUACUACAAUUUCGGUCAUUGUGCGGUUUGUGCGUGCAUGUGUGAGUGAGUGAGGGAGGGGCUGACUUUGAAACUGCACAUGGUGACAUGUUCAAGUUUACUGCGGGCUUGGCUCCAAUCAUGCGAGUAGAACUGCCAACAUUCUAGUCAAGUAUUCUGGGCAUUGUCAUGUGCUGCGGUUUUCUGGGGAUUGCCAUUCCACGGAGGUGUCAAGCAGGAUCUGCCCAGCUUUUUUAAAUAUGCUAAGAAUGGUGCAGUUGAUAUAAUAAUGUUUGGUUUCUGCAUGCAUGCCUUUAUUUUUCUUGUAUUGUUCUUUCCCUCAGUUUCCCUUACCUUUACAUGUAGAGAGGCCAGUGCGUAUGCAUCUAGAUGGAACGGUCGCUUUUAUGCACAAAAUUAUGCAAAUCUUUCUUUUUGCUGGUCCCUUCUGUUCAUCUUGCCUUCUGGUUGCUGUAACAUUGGCAGAAAUAAAAGAAAAAAUUGUAGGCAGUACGUAAAACAUUUCAGAACCUAAACUGCAAUUAUAACAAAAUGGUGGAUCAUAGAUUCCUCUGAGGUGUAUUGGCUUUUGUAUAUGUUAGCUGUAUUAUUUCAUGCUCUACUUGCCAUGUAUUUUAUUUAUUGCACAGUUAUGUGCAGGUAUGUGCCUAUGGGUCACGCCAAAACUUAUUUAUGUCUUGAAAAUUUCUGCAAUACGGUGAUAAGAGCUGCAUGUUAGACCUGAUGCCACCUGAGAGGCCAUGAACUGUUAUUAAUGUGUGCCUAAUAGUAGAAUGUUGGUCACUAUAUCGGUGCGAACUUCAAGAAAUGUGUCAUUGUGUGUUCCUCCUACUUUUCAAGAGUGUUCACAAUUAGGGGAACCAGAUACUACUUGCCAAGGCAUCAUUCACAAUGUACAACAGUGGGACUUUGCCACAUGCAUAUCUUGCCAUCUUCAAUUUUUUGUGAAGUUGCAAAUGCUCAAGCUUAGAGUGAAGUAAGGGGGGUGGAGGGGGAGGGGGCAAUCAGAUUCAAGGGGACUAGUUGUGCCUACCAUGCACUAACAAAGGCAAAAUUUGUUGGACGUGUGAUUCUUGGGUGGUUAACAAGUGCCCAUAUUUAUUUUGCUGUGAUGUGCUUCUUUAAAGCAUUCGAAUGUGCACUGUCUUGGAGUUUUUACCUGUCUACGUGUCUGGUUGAUAAACACUGAGUGAACAAGUGGAGCUUGACGACCUGACGUGAGGGUCCCAUUUUGAGGGUCUCCUUGUGAGGGCCUGGUUGAUAAACAGUGAGCGAACAAGUGGAGCUUGACGACCUGAUGUGAAGGUCUCCUUGUCUAAACUUUGCUGGUGGUUGAGGAUCAACUUGUUUCAAAUCAAGUGUUCAUCUUCCAUGACUCCUUCAUAUGGUCUGCGUUGACACGAAAAAAUGUCUAAAGUUAACAGUGGUGCGAGGUAGGCAGUAAUAAACUAUGUGCCGUCGGUUGUGGCAUGACUAUUGACAUUGCAAGCUAUUUUUUUUUUCACUCUUUUAAGCUGCUUUAAGUACUUCUGAUUGUGCUUGACUGGUUCUCUUUCUCUUUUUUUUCUUUUUUGUCAGUUUUAAGCACCUUUGCAGAAGAAAAUAGGUACUCAUGAGAUUGAUCUGAAGGCCAACAUUGUUUGCAAGGUGGGCUACUGUGUGCCAAAUAAUGUUUGCAUUUGACAUGCAUGACCUUUUGAUGCCACAACUUUUCACACGAGGAAACAUGCACAUUUUAACUGUUUUUCGUCUACGUGACUGAGCUGGCUAGUGACUGCUGUGCAGUUGAUUGGUAUGCUGCUACACAUAGUGUUUUUAUGGUUUCAUUACAUGGGUUUAUGGAAACAUAAGAUUGCUGGUAGGAAUGAAACAGUUAAUUUGUGUGUCAUAUCAGCAGCUAGUCAUUGCCCAACAAUUCUGCCCUGGGCCCAAUCAGAUAUGCAGCUAGCCAUUUGCAGCACCCUUUUGUAUGUAGCAAUUUUUGGUAACAACUUUGGCAACCUUGGUCACAUCUCUAAUAUGGGUGGCCACUUAGUUGUCAGUUUUUAAUAUGGCUAGUUGACCAUAAUUUGUUAGACCCAUUCUCUUCGCACAAUAUUUUGCAGAGCAUUGCCAGCCCAUCAUACUAGUAUUGCAGCACUGACUUAGUUUGCAUGGCACCCAGAAAGUACUUUAUGGAACCAUACCAGAAAUGCAUCAGUCUAAGAGGCUGGAAAUCGCGUGCUGGGCCAUUUAGGGCUCAGUAGACUGAAUGAACUUUUGCCAAAUGGUAUGCUGAUGCCAUUAUCAUAAAUGUAACAUGCAUAAUUACACAGUAAAUUCAGUAAUUAAUGUAUGUUGUUAGCACAUAACUGAGACAAGUUACUGAUAACUGUUAGACUACAGGGUGCUGUUGAGUUUUCCUGAAUGAACGAUGAGUAGGCUUAAAAGGUUGACCUUAGUGCAUAGGAGCAAUUUACUGUGCUUGCCAAUUUUUGAAUUGUGCGCAGUCUGCUGGAGUUGCUUGCACUUGUUAAAGCUUCUAAGCCACUUCUGGGUUUAACACUUUGCUUACAAGUAGGAAAGAAACUAUAUUCUCUUGAGUUUAAACAGUUUCUUUAUUCCGAGAAAGCAGGUGGUUGAAAGAAAUUGUGCACAGAUGUAACAACUCUUUUUCUGUAGUGUAAUCACCUUUCAAGAAGAAAUAAUGCAAAGUCUUCUAAGAAAUGCAGCACUGCAAUUAAGCUUGAUGGGACAAAAUAAAUGUUUUAAUGAUUCUGUCAAGUUACAGCUAAAGAUAGUCACUAUUUAGCUAAUGUGAUAGCAAUUGGUAGAUUAAUGAACAGACCAUACUUUCUGGCAGUCAGCAGGAUUAUGAAGUGUUUGCUUUUUUUAGUUGUUCAAUGAGGUAAUAAUUCUUGCUCAGAUAUAGUGGUGUGACUGAUGUGGUUUUAAUGUGAAGCACCCUCCCUUACUCUCGUCAUCACAGGUACAAAAAGAAAAAAAGGGGGUGGCAAGUUUCUAGAUUAUGACAAGAAUUAUUUAAGAUCUGGUCUCAUAUUUUGUUGAUCAUAUUUAGGGAUGUCAAAUUCCCUGCACAACAAAAUAUUGUUGAAAAGGCAAAUUUUUGAUGAAUGAAGUGAAGCUUCCAUAAACGAUACUGAAAAUUCAGGUAGACAUGCGCAUCUUAAAGGGGACCUGCAACACCUUUGCCCACUAUUAAAGGGCACCUCCUCGUGAGUCUUUUCCAACAAAAUUAUUGAAUCCACUUGGUAUUGGCAUUCGAGUUCUGCUGACCCUCUUAAUAAGCCUUGCCCUUUUUUUGAUCGUUUGAUCGUUUGAGGGUGCUGCUGUGCUUGCAUUGAAAAUACCCAGCAUGCUCUGCAAUCGCUACGCGAAGCUAUUGUGUUCCUAUGGCUUCUGUAUUAUCAUUGCAACACUCCAUCGUACCGCGUGAUUUUUGAGGUCAUAGUUCAGGCACAGUGGCACUGUUCUCAGGCCACUGGAUUAUCCGGUCGCCCUCUCAGUGAUGAGAUUUCUCCCCUUUUCUACCCCCGGGAUGCACUGCUUAUUCAUGAAUUCAAAAAGAAUUCAGGCAGUGGCUAUUGUGUAUAUAAGUAUGUGGAAUAUACACUAAAUGUGGAUGGGACUUACAGAAUUGAAGGAAAUAGCAGGCGAUAUUUUGAAUGAAGCUGUAGGCCUCUUGCUGUGAGUGCAGGAUUAAGGUUAGGCACUUGGGUCCAUGACAUUAUUGCAUAAAAACUAAGCAGGUUUAUGUGUCAUGUUCUAAAGCUGUUGCAGCACCCCUUUAAGGUAUGUACUGGUCGAUUCAGAGCUGCCUUUGUUGCUCAAUAGCAGACUUCCACUGGUAAAUUUGGAGCAGAUAUGUAUGUUCCUCUGGUCAUUUUGAACAAUCUCUCACCAUGGUUGAUUGCGUUUGCUAUCCAGAAGUGCUAAGCGCUUCAUUUCAUACAUAGCAGGCAAUGCUACGAAGGUUAGAGAGAUUUCUCUUGCUGCUCACACUGGUGUGCAAAUGGUGCGCUACAUACAAAAGAAUGACAUAGGUAUGAAUAAUGUUAUUUCAUGUGACCAGAAAUCGCAUACUUUUAUGUCGCAAGAUAUAACAAAAUUAUUACAUGGAAGGCAUCGUAUAUCUCAACUUAUUCGCCACCAAGCCCGCAGAGUGACACGUUUCUGUGACCAGUGGCCACAUUGCUCCGCUUGAGUUUGCAAGCAAAAGCAUUGCAUCGCAUACCAUCAGCACAAAGAUGCACGAACAGUACACGAGUUGAUAUAACUUUACAUCCACAAGUUGUAAUUUAGGAAGAAGUUAUUCCACUGAAAGCGUUGCAGAUUGAAAACAAGUACGCUGCAAAAUGUGUGCAAGGACACUUUCAUAAAUGCCCCACCUGUGUAGCUUCCUCAGCAUUGCCUGUUAUGUGUCAAACAGAGUAUAGAGCACAAUGUUUUCUGGUGGCUGCCACUGACGAGUUCUGCUGAGAUCCAGCACUGAGCAUUUAGGUUUGUUUUGAUUUUUCUGACAGGACUCAAUUUGUUAAAUCUUUGCACUUGAGUACUCGGGUGCGUUUACCAAACUACCUAUUGAAUUUUCGCUUAAUUUUGUGUUUUGUUCCGACUAUGCAGUGCAACUUUCUCUUUCAGUAUGUGUCAGCUGUCUUCAAGUAGUGGAAGUGGAUGUGAUCAAAAACACUUGUGCCUAGGCACAUUUCUCAUCAGCAUUAUCUUCGUGUUGUUUUUGAGAGGAUAGGCAGGCAGAAAUGUUGCAACAUCAGUGAGUGCUUGUCACUACUGUGGGGAUGUACUGAAUGUGAUGUCGUGCAAAAGUGAAGAUGUUGCAAAAUGUGGUUGAUUGAGAGCAUAACUCCUCAUUUGUGUGUGCUACAAGUGUGAAUUUUGAUGUUCUGAAUUGGUAUUGAAAAUUCUUUUGCGACAGGGUUGAAGGGAGAAAAGCCAUACAUUGUGAUUUUGGUGCACAUGCAUACUACGACAUGUCUUCAUGGUUGUUUUUGUGCACCACUGAGCUUGGCUCUCUUGCGAUUCGGUUCCAGUUUUUAAAAGACAUUAUGGAUACAUCCUGUUAUGUCAAAAGUAGACAAGUCAUUUCAUCAUGUAAUCGUAUAGGAAGCGCAUAAGCAUUUUAAAUGUUUCAAAGGGCAUUUUUGUUCUUCUUUUAUUUGUACUGAGCUCUCCCAUGAUUAAUGAAUGCAGUGUGGGUGCAGGCAGAAGUCAUUUUCCUUUUAUGUUAAAUGUUGAUUUUUUAUGAGCCGUUAUUGCAUAGUUGAAGGAAACUUUUCCUGUCCAACUUUGACCUCGAAUUGUGGAAGCUUGAUUCUCUAAAAUAGGGAUGUAUUACAGUUGGUGCAAGUUCAUUGAAAGAGCCAGCCCACCUUGAGAACAUAUCACAUGUUACUCGAGUUCUCCACCAUUAUCACGCCAUUUCCUUGCUGUAGGUUUUAUCUUGUGUGGUGUGCCCUAGUGAGUGGGUGUUCCUAGUGUGCAUGCAGAGUGACUAUUUUUUGCUACAAGGUGCGACUGUUUGACGAUACACGGGGCAUUGUGGCAUGCAGCCUAUGUAUAUAACAGGAGAUAUGAGCUCACUAGUCGCACAGAUUAUUCAUUUGUUUCCAGAGUGUACAAAAAUUAUAACUUUCAGUGCUGUUGUGCGAGUGUGGACUAACCAAGAAACAAGUUUGGUUGUGCGCAUGUCUGCACGAUAAAAACUUCUUGUUUUCUAUAGAAUAGCAGGGGGGAGGGGGAUACACAUUGUUAUACCUUUUCGGCUUGUUUUGUCAUACACAUUCUCAAUAGCAGACUUCUUGCCUUAUUGUCAUACUUAGUCUUUAUGAGAUGCUCAUUUGUGAAAUUUAUGCUACAGAUAUUGAGGAAGUGUGUAUGCAUUUGCACCCUCCCUACUUGUUAACCAUGUACAGAAACUGUAUGUCAUCACUCAUUCAUGAUAGGAUAUCCUUUUUUUUUUAUCUUUUAGAAAACUGAUGGAAUUAAAUAUACAUAUUCAAAGCCUGA